AUGUCUUGCAACAACGACUCAUAUGACUUCGACUCUUCCAGUGACGCUGAGAUGAUUGGCUACCCAUCAUCUCCGUUAUCCCCGAUCCAGCACCCCGUCGCUAAGUCUCCACUAGUUGCUCAACCUUGCAAAACACGCAAGUCGGGCGGUAGCCGCAAAGGCGCGUUUCGAAUGACCAACAUCCCUCUCCCCUCCCACCUUUCAGCCAAGGAAAUCUUCGAAAAUCACCCAGACCGUCUCCACAACAAUAAUCUUCUGAAAGUUGCACUACACUACGACAACUCUCAGCUCUACGAGAAGUUGUGUGCACUCGGAUUUGUCAAGCAGACCCUCCGUUACCGUAUGAGGAGUGCUAUCAAGUGGAUCGAGUACGAAUUCAAGAUCAGCAGCGGCGCUUUUGGGAUUGCUUUCAAUCGUGAGGCUACUCGCAACGGGGUUUAUCGACCUGUUCACGAGAAUCCAAGGGACGACAUCAUACUUGCACGCAACGCUGCCAAAAUCAGCGAAGCAAUGGCUUGGGUCAAGAGAGGUGGAUCACGAAUUCCUACGACUUCACCUUCGCCAAAAUCUCGUACUGUCGCUGCUUCCGUCUUCACAAAUGACAGCAAAGAAAAUGAGGCCGAACCCACAGCGGCAUCUAUAUUCCACAAGAAACUGGAUCAGGCUCAAGUGUCAAAGACUUAUCCUUGCCCGCACCCUUACUGCAGCUGCACUUUCACUACCGCGAAUGACAACUACAAACACAUUUGUGAAGUUCAUUAUCAAGCAUCUGAGACUUUGGUCCAGCGCGCCAAAGCUCGUCAGAUUGCUGGGCCUCUCGGUUGGGUGGAGUUGCCUUGA